AUGAAAUAUAUUAAAAACUUGAUCUUAACAUUUGAGAACAAGAAAUUAGAAUAGCAAUAUUAAAUAGAAAAAAAAGGUUCAAUCUAAUAACCGAUUUUCAUUUUUAUUAUUGUGACAUCUUUUAUUUCAAACUUAGUUGUUCUUGGAUUCCAUUUUUUUGAUCAUUAGAUUGAAACCUGGUAUUUGAAUAUAGCUUUUAGUAUCCUAUCUAUUUUACUAUUCGUCUUAGUUGUAAUAAUGAAAAAAAUUAAAUACCUCUAAGAUGCUCUUACUAUUGUUAAUAUCACUUUAGGUUUUUUGGAAUUGAAUGUUGAUCCAGCAACAACUGAAAAAUUAGAAUUUUACUCAUAUGGAAAUACAUUUAUGUAACUAUAAGCUGUCGUAUAUAUUGUCUCUAAUUUUGGUCAUGCUUUCAUUCAAGUCUUUUGUCAUUUAAUUUGUCGUUUUGUACUUACAAUACUUUUAUCAAAUAGAACUGAUUAUCUCCUAGUUUUUAUUAGUAUAAUAAGUAGUUUUGUAAUACUGGUGACUAUUUAUUAUAAUGAAAAAAAUUCAAGAAAGUACUUUAUAUAGAAUUUGAAGGAAAAUUAUUGGGAAAAUAAUACUUCCUUUAUCAUAGAAUAACCUUAUAUUAGAUUUAAUUUUCGAAAGGAAUAACUAUUAUUUAAUUUAAUAAAAUGCCAUAAAAUUGAAUGUUUUCCUGGUUAUGAUAAUUUUUAUUGUGAAGGAUGUAAUAUUAGAAAGUUAUUAAGAACUUAUUUUAUUGAAAAAAAUAUCUCUGUAGAAGAUUUAUUACUUUAGUAUAAAACUGAAUUGCCCUAAAAAUUUUUCAUUUCUUAUAAAAAACGAAAAUAUUUAUUAAAAAUAUGUAAUGUGGAUAUACAAUAAGUUCAGUAUUUAAUAAUUCUUGAUAAAAUUAAUAAUACUACAUCUUAAUAAGAGGAAAAAAAAGAAAUACAAUAAGCAAAUUUUAUUAAAUUUCUUAGAUCAAAUAAAAAACAUAUUUAUUAACAUUUUUUUAAUUGGGGAGCUUAAUCUUUAUUAUUUUUAAAUAAAAAAAUUAUAAAAAAAAUCAACUUAUAAGAAUUAAUGAUUAAAUUACUUAAGGUAUUUAGAAUUUAUAUAUUUCAAAAAAUAUCUAUUAAAAUUAUAACAUAAGAUUAGAAUACUUCAAUAUUUUCAUUCUAUUAUUAAACUAAAAUAUUCAUGAUGUAGCUUUUUGAAAUACUUUCUACAAUGUAAAGAACAAAUCAAUUAUAAUCAUAAAUAAUACUAAAAAGAAAAGGAUGUGAUAUCUUAAUUCAAAUAACAAAUAUUGACCAAUAAUCUUUUAUGAAAUAGUUUGAAUCAAAUUUCUUUUUACAAAAUCUUUCAAGUUUGUUGCUUCAUAAUGUUGAAAUGUAAUAGAGUAUUUAAUUGCAUUUUCGGAAUUAUCCAAUAAAAUCAUUUGCAUUUAAUCCAUGA